AUGCGACUUGUACAGCACCGAGCACCAGAAUACCUCUCGGUGGAAUGGCGCCCGAGCUUCUCCAGCUCGCUGUCGUCGUUUAGCAGCCGGCGGAGCAGCUGCGAGAUGUCGAAGAGCGUCAGCAUCCCACAGGCCCUCUCCGAGCUCCGGAAGGGCAGUACGCUACGCCGCAAGAGCACGACAAGCAAGCGAAAAGUACCAAAUGCAAAGCUGCCCCUCGCCGGAUUUGUAAUCUUCAUCGCGACGCGCAGUGGGCGGAUUUUAAUAUACGGCACUCCGGCCGAUCGAGCGAAUCUUUCCGUGGGGGAUGAAAUCAUUGGUGUGAAUGACUGGGUGCCGGAUGGGAAAACGCGCGAAGAAGUCGUUGAUCAUGUACAGCAGUGCAUCAAAACGCGGACAAUCCAGUUGAGGGUUCGGCGUCGCAUCGACGAUACGAUAGAGACGGACCUGAAGCUCGGGCUGGCUAAGGUUACCGACGUUUUUCUGGUAUCUGUCGAACAGUCACAUAUCAAGGGAGUGCUGAAGGUUUUGGAAAAGCGAUACCCGGAUGCGCAAAAGUUCGACAUGGAGACGAUCGCGCAGCAGCCGAAUGAUUUCCCAGGGUUACACAAUGGGCGAGCCGUGUCUGCAGAACCAGGGGAUCGCCAUGCCGAUCUGGACGUGAGGGAAAAGCAGCGAAAUCGACAAAUCGAACGCGAGUUCUUACGUUCCUCCCUGCGCUCCUCGAAAAAAUUGCGCUCGCUGGAGAACAAGAAUGAGGUGCGCCCGAAUGGAGAGCAGGCAUCGGACCUGGAAAAGGGCUACCACAACCCGACGUUUAAUGACGCCGUCUUGAAACGUGGAAGCGGCGAGAAUAAUAAUUCUGGGAUUGGCCUCAAACAAGUAAUGGUCUCUGUGGAUCGACUAGCUGAGCAUCUCUCCAAAAUGGAGGGCCGCGAAGAGGAUGGGCAGUUGCUCCGAAAAUAUUUCCUCAGCGACACCGCGAAGCGGGCAUUGGAGCAAGCUGCGACGCAUGCACAGCUCCCCUCCACAUCAACUCAACAGCUCCCCGGCGAGCCUAUUGACGGAAAGCCGACAAAAAUCGUCGUCAUCCGAAAAGAUGCCGACUCGUACUUGGGCGCUACCGUACGAAACGAGGGCGAACGGGUGAUUGUUGGGAGAGUGGUGCGUGGCGGAGUGGCCGAAAGGACGUCUGCAUUCAGAGAAGGCGACGAGCUGCUUGAAAUCAACGGCACCCCACUGAAGGGGAAAACGGUGGCAGAGGUGUGCGAUUUAAUGCGAGUCCUCAGCGGGGAGCUGCGAUUUCUGGUGAGCCCUUGCCCGGAAGCGGAAACACCCCAAACCACCACCUAUGUGCAGCACCUCCGCGCCCUCUUUGACUACGAUCCAGAGGACGACGUCUAUGUGCCGUGCAAGGAGUUGGCGCUCAAAUUCCAGCGCGGCGACAUUUUGCACGUCAUCAACACCACCGACGAGAAUUGGUGGCAAGCCUACCGUGAAGGCGACGAUCCGCACCAUUCACUUGCCGGUCUCGUCCCCAGCAGCAGCUUUCAUCAACAGGUGGUGAUGUACACCGACGAGCUCGAGAAGGAGCAACGGCCCAAGACCCGAAAAGAAGCCCGGAAACGGCUCCCUGAAGUCUUGAAGGUGCUGCGACGCCGAAAAUCGAACGACUUGAAGCCGGCGGACGAGGCGGCAAUUGCCACUGGCGUGGGAUACCAUAGCGAUCUGCUAACGUACGAAGAGGUCGUGCUCCACCUCGCGCGCUCCGACCGGAAACGCCCUAUCGUACUCUGCGGCCCGGAGGGUGUGGGAUGCCUCGAGUUGCGUCAGAGUUUACUCGAAAGCGACAAACUACGAUUUGGGGGAGUGGUUCCACAUACCACCCGCCAACCCGUGGCCGGAGAAAUUAGCGGAACCCACUACCAUUUCGUGUCCAGACAGCAAUUCCAGGACGAAGCAAAGGCCGGUCACUUCGUCGAAUGGGGCGAGUUUGAGAAACAUCUGUAUGGGACGUCGGCGGCGGAAAUCCGCAGCGUCAUCGCCAAGGGUGCCACCUGUAUUUUGACGCUGAAGCCGGAGUCUCUCGCCGCGAUCCGCAACGCCGACUUGCAGCCGUUCAUCAUCUUCGUCGCCCCGCCCUCCCUGAUCGUGUUGCGGCGGCAGAAGGAGCUCGAGCGCGCCAGAAGGGCGGACAACACGCCCCCGGUGCGCGAUGAGCAGCUGAAAAACAUACUGACCCAUGGGAAGGCGAUGGAACAGAAAUUCGGGCACCUGUUCGACCACAUUGUCGUCAACAUGGAUUUUGAGCGGUCGUUGGCCGAGCUGCGGACCGUCAUCCGAAAAGUGGAAAACGAGCCGCAAUGGGUGCCCGCCAAUUGGAUGCCCCCGGAACAGCUA